CUCCCGGAUCCACCGAAGAAUGUUCAAGUGGAGGCUGGUCCCCAGGAUGGUGUUCUCCUUAUUUCAUGGCGACCAGUCCCACAAGCACCUGACAUUCCCCCUAACUGCAAAAAUGAACCUCUCGUCCAAGGCUAUACUGUGUGCAUUAAUGACCAACCUCUCAUUGAUGUGCCUGGUGUUGAUCGUAAGUCCGAAAAUUCAGAUCAUGAAACGUCUGUGGGGCAUUGUCCUUCUCCUACACCCUUGAAGUCCUCAUGUCCGUGGCGUGACAUUGAUGUUGGGAUGUCGAAGAUCUGUUUUUUUUUCGUGUAG